UUGAAAUUAAUGUAAUGACUUCCAAUGGAGACUGGCUCACAGUCUUCUGGUUUUACCUCUCAUUGUUUACCUCAUCGGGAAAAUUUAACUCGUUUAAUUGAAUGUGGUGAGAUUGUUUCGGGUGAUGAGAUUAAUCCAAUCAACCCUUACCUUGUUAAACGUCCAACAAUCAUAACCAAAUUACCUCCAAUAGUGAAAUCAAGUGAACCAUCGACCAAUUUAACUUCACUUGAUAAAAUGGCAACAAGUAAAAGUCCAAACAAUCUAAUAAAUUACAGAUCGUUCAAUUUGAAUCCAUCAUCAGCGUCUUCAUCUGCAUCAUCUUCACCUUCACUGUUAUCCACCUCAGCGACAUUUGAUGAUAUUGAUCAUUGGAAAGGUUAUGAGACCAAUUGUGAUACGGUCAACUCAUUUAAUAAUCCAACAUUGAAAUUACGUUUACUUGAGAAAAAUUUACAAUUUAUUAAGGAUCAACACAAAAUGGUUCUCAAUUGUCUCCACAAUCAAAUUGAAGAUUUAAAUCGCAAAAACAGAGAUUUACAGUUCAAGUUGAUUGUUAACAAUUUAUAUCCUGAUUGUUUGGAAGGACCAUCAAGCAAAUUAAGCUCUGUUAUGCCAAGUGAAUCAGAAAAGAAUUCACUACCAUUAGAAGCAAUUAACCGUUUAAAUAAUCUUGAAAUCGAGGUAGGAAGACUUCGACUGGCCUUAGGUGAAGCACUCAAAAUGAAUGCUUCUCUUCGUAAUCGUCUAAUGCUCAAAUCAACCAACAAAUUAUACCAAAAGCAACAGUCAGCGUCACAAUUAGUGGAAAGUGAAACACUAAAUCUACCAAAAUACAAACAAAGUGCAUCGUCCAAUGUUGAAAGCUUUCGGGAAACAUGGAGAGCAAUUAACUCGGCUAAAGUGGAAUCGUCCAACUCCUUUUUACCAGGAAUAAAAUAGCUUGAAUCAUGUAACUAUUUAAAAAGAUAAAAUGAGAAAGAAACAUUUAGAAAAAUUAAAUUAUUGUUCAAUCUAAUGAUUGUUUGUCAACUUUGAUGACUGCUCAAGUAAACAGCAAAAUAAAAUGAAUUACAUUUUCAA